CGCUUACUACGGCAGGCGCCAUGAGCGCUUGGCGCGCGUACUCCAGGCGCGUCAGGCGUCGCAGCCUCGACGCCGACAUUUUGCGCUCGAUCAGCCGUGGCGAGAGCGAGACAGGAAGCAAGAGCCCAAGCCUGCAUGCCUAUUCGCCCCCCUCUCACUCGCAGGGCUACGACGAGGACCUCAUCCGCGAGCAGCUUGCGCGCAACUACGCGUUUUUCGGCGAGGAGGGGAUGGCGAAGGUGCGCGGCGCGUCCGUUGCUGUCAUUGGCUGCGGCGGCGUGGGGAGCUGGGCAGCUGUCAUGCUUGUGCGAUCAGGCGUGUCGAAGAUCCGCCUGGUGGACUUUGACUACGUGACGCUCUCGUCGCUCAACCGGCACGCGUGCGCGGGGUUGAACGAUGUCGGGACGCCCAAGGUUGUCUGCAUCGAGCGCAACCUCAAGAACAUCUCGCGCUGGGUGGACGUGGACGCGCGCAUUGAGCUGUGGCGGAAGGACAAUGGCGGGGAUCUCCUCGAGGGCGUGGACUGGGUCGUAGACUGCAUUGACAACAUCACGACGAAGGUGGACUUGCUGAAAUACUGCCAUGACAAGGGGAUCAAAGUCUUCUCGUCGAUGGGCGCUGGAGCGAAGUCCGACCCCACGCGAAUCCAAAUCAGUGAUAUAUCUAGCACGGUGUACGAUCCUUUGGCACGCGCCGUUCGUCGCCGAUUACGACUCGAGGGUGUAACAUCCGGCAUCCCCGUCGUCUACUCGACCGAACCUCCAAGCGAAGUCAAGCUCCUUCCCCUUCCCGAAGAAGAGUUCCAGAAGGGCGCCGUCAAGGAGCUCGGCGUAUUCGAUGACUUCAGAGUACGGAUCCUGCCUGUCAUAGGCCCCCUCCCCUCAAUCUUUGGUCUGCAUGCCGCGACAUACAUUCUUUGUGACGUCGCAGGGCAGCCUAUUCCGAACCCCCUUCCUAUCAAGAACCGUCGGAAGCUGUAUGACCGACUGUUGCGUGACCUGCUGAACCGGGAGAGGAAGGUCACGGGCGUGGACAUCAACCGUCUGCCUAUUGACGAAGAAGAUGUGUCGUUUAUUCUGGAAGACCUGCACCGCGGACGCUCAAUUGUCCCGCCUCACGACGUGCCUUCGAAGCCGACGCUGGUGCGAUGGGAUCCGGAUCGACCGCUGUCCCUUGAGAACUGCGUCGUCAUGGAGCAGAGCGAUGCGGACAAGCACACGAAGCAGUGCUUGUCGUCAGAGAAGACGCACACUCCCGAAGACCUCUGGGGAGCGGAGGCGAAGCGCGUCUUCGAGAGCCGCAGGAUGGAGAUCAAGCGCUACAGGGAGGCAAUGGCUUUCUAGAUGAGUGCAUGGCUGGCAUGGAUAUUAUGUAUAUGUGACGCUCCUCCGCUCCGUCAAUGUGCUCGCUGCGUCGUCACAAUUCUGCCUGCAACGUCGUCCCGGCCAUGGUCACAUCAUGUCAAAGUCGAACCGCUCGUCACUUGACCAUCGGCAACGCCCGGCUGACCUUGGCAGCUCUUGGCCAAGACCCAACACAACCAAACACGCGCCGUCAUUUCCUUUUUGGGCUCCUCGCUGCUCUGUCUCUGGAC